UAACACUUCAGCUGCUUCACCGAGGAUAAGAUAGGAAACGAUGAAACCACCAAGGGAUAGCAGCAAACCCUACUGAUAUCACAGCACCAUUUCAAGUGGCUCAAAUUUCAAUUCAAGGCUUCAACUUAGGAGGCUGUGGUAUAGCUGAAAGAUUUUGUUGGAUGAUGGAGCAUUUGGAUUCGCUCUCCAGCAGAGUGCUUUCCGAUCUUUAUGCAUGUCACCGCUCCACUGGAAACUCCCUCUGCCCAUACUGUACUCCGGCCUGGUGCUCGCUGAUUUUUAUUUCCAACUUGAUUCAGAUUUUUGGUUUUGGUUGCUGAAGCAUACAAUAAAGCAAAAUCCAGGUACUUGGCAAUGAUUCUAAAUGGGUGUGCCAUGCCUUCCGGAUCUGCAUUUAGUAACACUAGAACAUGUAAAACAAUGCCUGGUAUCAUGGUUUCUGCCCAUGCUCCUUGUACAACUGCAAGGGCUGCAUUGUUGAGCAGCAGGGCUUCAUUGGAACAACAUUUGGAGUCUAAAUCCUGGUCAUCUAGAGGUUUGCCUUCCUUGCACCUUUCGGCUGCAUCAACACCACUCUUAAGUGGAGAUUAUUGUGGAUUUUCACACUAUAUUCCCACAUUUCCUCGGCAGCGUAGAUCCUGUUCAUGUCCUCGAGCAUCAAAAGAUGUCCCAUACAGUUUUCGCUUUCCUCCAAUGACCAAGAAGCCAAGAUGGUGGUGGAGGACUUUAGCAUGCCUGCCCUAUUUGAUGCCUCUUCAUGAAACAUGGAUGUAUGCUGAGACGGCAUAUCAUCUACAUCCCUUCCUUGAAGACUUUGAAUUCUUGACCUACCCAUUCCUUGGAGCCAUUGGGAGGUUACCAAGCUGGUUCUUGAUGGCAUAUUUCUUUGUUGCAUAUCUUGGAGUAGUAAGAAGAAAGGAGUGGCCUCACUUUUUCAGAUUUCACGUGGUAAUGGGCAUGCUAUUGGAGAUUGCUCUCCAGGUGAUUGGUACUGUGAGCCGAUGGAUGCCACUUGCUGUUUAUUGGGGUAAAUUGGGCAUGCACUUCUGGACAGCCGUGGCAUUUGCUUAUCUUUUUACAGUCCUAGAGUGCAUACGGUGUGCUCUUGCUGGCAUGUACGCUGAUGUCCCUUUUGCUUGUGAUGCGGCAUACAUUCAAAUCCCAUACGAUUAAUCCAGAAAAGCAAGAGAACAAAAAUUUGUGUUCGCUUCCCCCCUUGUGUUUCUCUUUAUUUACCCCUUGUUUUGAACCAGAAGCGUUUUGAGCAGAUAUAAAUCAGUUUAUAUGAGACAACCUUGUGUAAAUGUUGUGGUCUGAUUACUUGGUUUUGUGCUAGAGCAGGAUUCUCAGACAGAUGGUUGUUACCCGUUGAUGCUGUUAGUUGUGUUGUAUGAAUUUAUUAUUUGAAUCUUGAAUGGUAAUAGCAUCUUCCUCACUCA